UUUGUGCGAUUUGGGGUGGGAAAGAAUUUGUGAUUGAAUUUACUGGCACAGCCCUUUGUGUGAUUGGACCCAAAAGGAUUGGAAAACAUCUGCAGUCAUUAAAAUUGGGGAAUUUCUCGUCUCAGUUUGAGUUUUGAUGGGCUCGGGGCAUAUUUCAGUGAAGUGUUGCUGGCAAGAUAGUGUAAAAUUAGGAAAAUCGAUAAAAGCCCCGUUUGAGGAUUCUAUUUAUUGCUGUAACCCGAGACGACCGCAAAUCUUGGUGCAGUUUUGCAAACAAACAUUCUAGAAGGAGAAGGACGAGGACGAGGACAAGCCAUAAGGACGUUCCACAGAGGCCAACAUUCAGCACAGAGAAAAAAAAAACAGUCGCAAUAUGAGCUGAGUACAAGUGUACUCAUGCCUGGAAGAGUACAAAUCAUACCGAAAAUAAAAUCAACAACAACAAUAACAAAACCAAUUUAGUACGGAGCACACCGCGAGAUAAAUUUCGAAAGGCAAGAAUUUAGACACGCAACCCCAAGCCAGACCAUGGAAGAGCUGCUGUUGACCAUCGUGAAGGAGGCAAACGGAAGCAAGCAGCAGAACUUGAAACAGGCCGCACAAAUCGCACACGAUAAACUGCUGCGGCAGCAUGGCAUCCAUCGGGAUCCCUCGUACGAACUGCGAUCGGUUUGCUUUACCGCCCUGCAGAUGGCGUUGGACACCAAACGGCCAAAGUUUAUCACCUACGGGCUCAACGGGCUUCAUAGAAUCAUCCGAGAUGAGCGGUUCUUCUUCGGCUUGGAACCGGAAGACGAUUCCCUCUGGUUGCCGGCUCAGCUGCUACGAGCCACAUCCGGCAUUUCAACCGUCGGAAAUGAGGACACCGUCGUAAACGUUCUUCGACUGUUCCUCUCGAUGGCCUGCUCCCCAACCUGUACCCUCAACGGACGGCUGCUGAUCGAAGUUCUCUCCAAAUGCGGCGAAUGUUGGGAGAACGGGUCCCGCGCUGUUAAGGCAGCUUCCCUUGCUGCGGGCAGUCAAUGUCUGAGGGCAUUUUGUACUUUCUUGAAGGAUGAGGCCGAGGAGAUUUUACGAACGGGACCAGCCGGGAUCAUCAAUAUAGGGAUGGCUGCGGCCGUCUACAACGAGGUGAUUCCGGUGAUGCAGUGGCUUUGUAGUAGAUUGAUCGAACCCAGCACCGGAAGUCCGAAGCGGACUGAUUCCCAGGGUUCGCUGUAUCUGAUGGAGUGUAUAUUGACACUGGUGACCGCGCUUCCACCGGAUGUUCAUUCUAACCCACAUUUUACGGCUUUCCUGUGGCAAAAGUUUUGCCCUACAUUGGCGGCUACCCUAGGAUCACCAGGGAGGGUGAACAUAGAUAAGAAAUUUACAUACAAGGAUGCUAUCCAUUUAAUUGAGAGCGAACAUCGGGGAUUCUUCACCAGACCAGGAUUGGACGGGCCACAAGCUCGUUGCAUCUACUUAACCAGUAUUCAACUUUUGAGGAUAGCUGGGGCUCAGGGUACUCUUAGACCGAUGUUGGAGGCCCUGUUCCAUCGGAUGUUGCUGCUGCCGAUCCCAACAAAUCGAGCAGAACCACUGCGAUGUGUUCGGGAGAUCUUCAAAAGCCCUGAGAGGCUGAUUGACCUUUCGGUAAUCUUGUAUCCGGAUAAAUCGCAGGGCCAGAGCUGUAGUGACGAUAUGGCAUUGUUUAGACUCAUAAUCGAUGCAAUGGAGGAAUGUGCAACGACUUUCCAACACGGUAGCAGCUCCGUUGACAAUUCGAUGAACUCAAGCGUAGAGUGCAUCGUCGCUUUGCUCGAGAGUCUGCAGACACUUUGCUCGGGCCAAUUCGACGAAUCGAUCAUAAGCGAACGCGUUACGGAUGCAAUCAACAAUCGCUACUACCAGAUUAGGGAGGCAGACUAUACCGGACCCUUGACAUAUCAAUCAAUGGCCAGGCUUCCGGCUCCGUAUCGGGAUGCGGUUGCUGAGCUACGUCAAAGUGGUUUCGAAACUUCUUCGGAAUCAGAAGUAGAUCAAGAGCAGCAGAUAGACCCCGAAGCGGGAUCGCUAGGUUCCGGUGACACCGAGGGACCAGAAGAUGAGGCGCACUCGUCAAGCGACGACAUCUCGUCGAAGGCCGAAGGAAACUGGCCGUGGGCACAUUUGGAAGAACCACCUCAUAUCCGUUCCGAUGUUGAUUGCGAUCGGCACCAUGCCAGGGAGUUUGCCAAAGUGCUUACCAAUGAUCUUGUUCCAAACUUGCUCAAGUUCAAAGCAUCUGUCGAAGUGGACGAAGCGAUCCAAGAAUUUGCUUCCAACAUCUGUCAGCAAAACAGUCUCAACUAUUCGGAUUACGAGUACAAUCUGACGGCCUUGAACGCUGACGGUAUAUAUCUGGCGACGUAUUCGGCCUUGCUGUUAGCCCUACAGCUCAUGAAGGCUGGACACUACGACGAAAACCAUGAUCCGAUUUUGAUUCCACUAUCCGAACAACAGUUCGUAACAUCCGUCCAAAACGCCGGAGUACUGGUCUACCUUAGCUCUGCCUGGCUUCGAGAACUGUAUCAAUGCGUAUUGGCUACCAACCCCAUUGCAACCCUGAAAGUUGUUGAAAACACCGAUGGAUCACACUGCGCCCUCGUAGACAUGCUAUACGAUGCCGGGGGAAUUGGACCAACCCAAAUGCUCUCAGAUUGGCAACGACUCCAGUCCGUAGUUAGAGUCCAGAGUGAGCCCAAUGCCAAGCAAUUGGCAGCAAGGAAAUUGGCUCGACGACUUCUUACAUGCUGCUGGGACUCGAUGGUUACCGUAUUGACGGCAGGGUUGGGUGAGGUCGACGACUCCCGCACAGCUCGACUCAUGAAACUUUCCAAGAAAACACUCCGAGUCAAAAAGAAAUCCCGUUGCGCAGGGGAAGCCCUCUACGCCCUCAGCUUGGAAGGUCUUCACGCAGCCGCUACCCUCAGCAACUCCCUUAACCUUCAACAUCUGGCCGGGAAAAUCCUAAAUCUAAUCGCGACCAACGUAUGUCAGAAUUCGGGACCCAAGAUCCCUGCCAGCCAGGCUCUGUCGAUGGAUGUUGUCCUUUCGGGAGGCCUGGAGCUGGGAUCCCAUUCGGCCGAUUGCUGGCUGCCGGUGUUUUCCGUUUGUCGACAUGUGACCCAGCUGGAGCAUGACCUGUUCAGUUCUCAGAACGCAGCCAUGAACAAUGCUUCGAGUGUUGCCGGUAAUGGAAAGGAAUCCGAUUCACCGAGUAAAUCCAACUCGCUUACCGAUAAGCUGAACCUCUCUGCGUACCCGAUCGAUGAGGAUGAAACAUGUGUGGAUGUUUACAGCUUCCUGCAGGCGCCGCUUCCUAACUCGAACGCCAAUGUAGCCACCAUAUUGAAAAACUACUCGGGCAACGACGCAGUCAACCUGUCCCAGGCGGACACCGCUAAGAUGUUGUGCGCCCUCUCGCACCAGGCCGAUGACCUUUUCUCGAAUGCCGCCGAGAGGUUGAGCCUACCCGCACUGCUACAAUUUCUUAAGGGCUUGUGCCGAGCCUCGCGGGAGCAACUCUACCGGAACUCUUCCUCCAAGAAGGGGAAAAAGUCAUGGUGGUUAGGUCGUCCCUGGAAGGUGAAGAACGAUUCGCUCCCACUGUCGCUGCUGCUUCAUAGGGUUGGAGAUGUGACGUUGAAGGUUUUCCGUGGUCCCCGACCCUUGCUGCACAUUUUGAAAGUUUGGGCCAUCACUGGACCGCACUUGAUGGAUGCCGCUUGCCACAAAGAUCGGACGAUUUCGAAGAGAGCGAUCGAAUACAUUCACGACAUCAUAACGGCACUGCUGGUGGAACAAUCGGAGCUGCCGCACUUCCACUUUAACGAGGCGCUGCUCAAGCCGUUCGAGAAUCUUCUGAGCAUGGAUUCGUGUGACGUGGAUGUGCAGGAUCAGAUCGUGGGUUGUUUGUACGAGAUUGUUGAAGCUCAUAGAACAGAGAUUCGAUCAGGUUGGCGACCUCUGUUUGGAACACUGAGAACCGCUCGGAAUCGAUCGGUUCAUCUUUCGAAUAUCAUUGACAUUUUCCACGUGUUCCUGGAAACGGAUAACACAUUGGUGUUUGCAAAUGCUGGGCUCGAUUGCAUACUUUGUCUGCUUUCGUAUCUGGAGAUAUCUGGAAGUGGAGGUCAACUAGGGGGAUCAACGCUUUCGUCCGAAGGCACCACAAACGAUGACAAUAACAUAAGGUCCAGUGAUUUUUUAUAUGACGCGCUCAAGUUCCUGGAGCGCUGUUCGUCCAUUCUUAGCUUCAUGUAUAACAUGCCCCAGUGUCCAAAUCUGCAUUCGACCUACAAGAUCAAGGGGAUAACGUACACUCACAUAAUCGAUGCCAACAUACCGAAUUCGAUGGAGAACUUCACCUACUUUGGGCAGGAUUAUCUGCAGAGUAGCAACGAGCAGUACAUGAUCAGCUACCGAUCGUUGCACAUUGACAAGGAAACGAUCACGAAGAUUGACGAGCUGGAUAAGCCGAGUGGGGUUUUGAAGGUGUGGUUCCUGCUACUGGAUGGGCUGACGAACUCGUUGAUCGUGUGUCCAAUCGCGCAUCAAUCGCCAAUACUGCAGUCGAUUUUUAAACUGUUCAAAUCGUUGCUGGUGAAUCCGGGAAUUGAGUUCGGGUUUUACUGCAUCAAUCACCUGUUGAUCCCGAUGAUCCAGGAUUGGCUGCGAUACGUAAACAAAGCGCAAAAGAACUGGUCCUUGAUUGAGAAAAACUUCAAACAUUGCUGCUGCAUGACUACGGAUUUGGUGGUGGAGUUUAUCGAGAAGUCACAAACGGCAGGGCUGGAGGAUCGAGUUGUGAUCGGAAGUGAGCAGCAAAACAGCUAUCAGCAGAGUGUGAAGAAGACCAAGUUGACGACCAUCGUGAGGCCGGUAGACAAUUUGAAGUACAGCAAGAUGAGGAAGAUGGCGUCGUCGCAGGAUGAUCAGCUGCCGCCGAGUUUCAGCUGGAAGAAGGAGGAGGAAACGUCUACGGCUACCAAGAUACCGACGGCUGCAAUUUUAGCGUUGAAGCAGCUACUCUUGGUGUUGAUCGAGUGUUCGGCUCAGUCACAGGAGACGAUCGCGAGAGUUGGGGUGAGCUGCAUGAAGCAUAUAAUUUUUUCGACGGGGCACAUUUUCAACGAGGAUCAGUGGAUGGUUAUUACUUCGGCGAUUCAUAGGGCCAGCACCGUUACGAUGGCCCCGUUGAGGCAGUUGAUCUUCGCGUUCAACGAGAAUUCCAAUAGCUUCUAUGGGGACUGCGCGAAUGUUAAGGUGGCUGCGAGACGGGAUAGUACGCUGGAUGAGCUGCAGCGGGUGCAUUCGCUGGCUCAGCAGGUGUUCUUGAUGGAUAAUCAGCGGGACGUGUUGAGUUCCAAGAUCAAUGGUAAUGUUGGGGGAGUUGGGAAUGGAAGUUCAGGGGGGAUGAGCACGGAUGAUCGGUCUUACUCUUUCCUGCUGUAUCCGUUGAAUUGUAAUACUAAUAUGACGCAGUCGUGCUCGGUAACAGGUGGAGGUAUAAGUGCUUCUUUGCAAGGUAAUGGACUCAAUUUGGACAGUUAUAUCAUAAGGAUACCGUAUCGGAACUUAGUAGUGGGGCUGCUGGCCAGUCAGAUGCUGUUGCAGCUGAUCGCGAAUAUCCUGUUGAACGGACUGACUAAUGUCCCGAAUGAGCUUAAUUCGUGCAUGUACAAUGGGGGUGAUACCUCGGGGAGUGGAACUUCCAAGGCUUUGUUCCAGCUGGGAUAUCGCAGCAAGGAGGUCCUGCUGAGGAGUUUGAAGCAGUUUCUUGUUUGUUCGUUGGAUUUUGAUCAACGACCUGGUUUAAAGUUCUUGAUCCAGAAGGUUUCAAACAUUGAUAAUGCAGCUAACCUCUACAAACAAAUGACUUCUUCGUGGAUCAUCAACUAUAUGACGCUGGUGGAUGUGUACAUCAACAAUAUUCGGGCGUACGACUUGAACGAAGAUGACAUCAAGUACAUUCUGGAUUCGUGUAACCACAUGACCGCAGCCAGUCAACAAUGGAAGAAGAAUGAGAACUUCGUUCACUACUUGCUAGCUCUGAGGGAUUUGUGGGACUUGAUCGCGGAGCAUUUUAUUCAUAAUUUGGACCGAAACGGUAACGAUGGUCUACCUAUUACGCACAUUGUAGAGAAUAAGAUGGAGAAAUAUGAGCGUUUCGACGACAAGCUAGACUGUUCAGGUGGUGAAGAUGAUCAAACAAGCCCUAAGGGAUCCCCUAAAGCGAUGUCCCCCUAUCACGACGAAGCUCAAGAAUCGGAACCCGAGUCACCGUCCAAAAGUGAUGAAGAAAGUGUCUCCGUAUCGACAAUCGUUGGAGGAGGUCAGCUACGCAAGAACCCCUUCAACAUUUCUGCGAACCAGCAGCAGCACAUCCAGCAUCAGCAACAACUGCAGCAUCAGCAGCAACAGCAACAAUCGAUUUCGCCGGAAAUCGAACAGCAACGCACGAUCAGCAUCCAGAAGGACUCACUCUGCAAACGCUCGUCCAUGAAACAGCUUAUCGUGGCAUCGAUGGAGCUGCUCAAGUUGCUCCCCGAGGACCAAUCCGAACUGCUUAAACUUUUGCUAACACCCCGCAUCCGUGAAGCCUUCCGCGCAGUUCAGGAACAGGGCAACGGCCUGGCCAUGGAGUAGUAGAUACUCGACGCCGACGACUAUCGUUGACCUAGUAUGUCUUAGAUGUUUUUCAGUUUCCUGCUGCGCGGGUCACCCUGUACGUAAUCCUUCGACUCUCGAACUAACACAUAUGCAAAUUUACAUUUCGAUGGAAGAAUCAUGAUAUAAUCGACUAGACUGAAAUCGUUUAACAAAAAAUAUAUAUAUCGCAAAUUUACAGACAAUGCAAAACUCCUGAAUUGAAGUUGAAUGGCAGAUCAUGGAAAUCCAUAUUUUGAUGAUAUAUAGCUUUACAUGAUUUUUACAUUUAAGCGUGAAACAAGAAAUCAUAUAUAUCUAUAUAUAUACAUACAUAUUUAAGCCCACGAACAAAAAAAAACUUGUAACUGUUGAUAUACGCUAAGGAAUUUACUGAAACAUAAAGUGAACGCUAUGUAACCUAUAUUAUAGAUCCUCAAGCCACGCCCUCCACACAGCAGCUGUGAAUAAAACACGCCACAAACACACUCAAACCCAUCCUCAUUGAAAAACGCUCAAGUCACCAACACACUGACAAAUGCUGCUGCGCAGCCUAAACAAACACGCUCACAAUACACUAAAAAGAACAGCCGCUUGCGCCAAUUGCACGACAAUUUCUCUUCUAUAAUCUACCUACAGAAAACAACAAACUGACAAACAGAAUCAAGCUUACCUUAUACGUUAUACCAAUCAUUUGUUGUCAUCGUUCAAUCAAAGUAAACCCCCUUCCGCGCCGUUGCUACGCAACCGCCACGUGGUUGGCUAAAAAGGGUGUUCCAACUAAAAACGUAAAAAAAACAUUCCCCACUUCAAAGUUUCACAUAUACACUCACACUACUGCUUGCAAAACUUUAAACAGCAAAAUAAUAAUAAAAAAAAAACAAACUACUUACACACUGCUUUCGGAUUGAUUCAUAUAUUCCAAUGGUUGCAAAGCAAAACUGUCGCUUUCCGUCUAACUAUCUCUGGCUACUGCAAGUAUUUAACCACUAACUUUCACCAACUAUAUACUCGAAAUCGCUCGAACAGCUUUCUCUUGAAUUGAAUAUCAAUCGAUUAAUACCUUUUUAUAAAAAAAAACUCGACACUGCGACAAAUUUACCGCGUCAGAUGCUCGAGUUGUUGAGGGAGUUGUUUUUUUAUUUCACUUCUUAAACAAAAAGUCAAACAAAAAAUCAACACAAUAAAACGGAAAACGGAAGUAUUAAAACAGAAUCUACAGUUCACGUCAAAUCAAUAAUAGUUACAUUAUAGUCGAUGUUUACCCUUGAUCUUUUUCUUCUUCUAUUUCCGUUCGUUGGUUCGUUCUCAUUCGUUUGCUGUUUGACCAAUCAAUUAAACAAAGUAUUUACUCAUUACAACUUAAAAAAAAAUACAAACCAUUGGUUUCUUUAAAAAAAAACAAACCGAUCAAAUUGAAAAAAAAAACGUUUUUUGUCUCCCGUCGAAUGAAAAACAAUUGUGUAACCAAAUUCGUUUAAAGGCGGCAUGGAACAUUAACUUAAAACCAGUAUGAUAAGCAAAACCAUUUAAAAUAACGAGACAGCAGUUAGACCGUCAACCAAAUACAAACAAAACAAAAUGGAAACAAAAAAGUAUUUACCGGAGCAAAACAAAAGGAAAACCGAAUAUAACAAAAAAAAAACAAUACUAUAAACCAGAACAGGAACAGAACCGUUACAUGGACUAGUGAACUAGGUGGGAUACGGAGAAGGGGUGCCAGGCAAACAAUAAGCAGUUAAAAUAAAAUACAUUCUAUAUAUAUUUGUGCAACAA